AGAAUUCUUUUUUUUUCAGGAUAAUAUUAGGUUCAUACUCAGGAUUCUAUGUACAUAUUUUUCAUGAUGCCUUUUCAAAAAUAUCACCAAGUGCUCACCCAUUUUGGCGCCACGUAGACUGGCGUGUUUGGCGGGGAACAAUCGCACGCUACGGCACUGUGCACAUAUCAACACACAUUUGUGUAACUCUGUUAAAAUUUUAGAGAAAUCUCAACCUUUCGAGCAUUCAGAAAGUAAUGAUAUUCACCACAAUACCGAAUGCAAUAGUUCUUCGGAGUAUUUAAAAAUUAUGAAUAGUUUGCAUUCAAAAACUGAAAUAACAAAUAAGCAAGCCAGACGAUAUAAUGCAAUAGAAAAAGAUAUGUGUGCCUUCGAGUACCUAACUACAGGAAACGCCCAUUAUGAGUAUUUACGAUCAAACAUGGCGACAAUGUCCAAGAAAACGAUUCAAAGGCACAUCAACGAGAAAACCAUACACAUCAAAGAAGGUAUCAUAGAUGCGGAGGGUUUAAAAGCGUAUUUAAUUAAAUACGGAUUUCCAUUAGCUGUUGUGUUAUGCGAAGAUGGAACAAGAAUAACCUCUUCUACAGACUAUGACUACAACGCAGAUUCAAUAACCGGACUCGUGGCUCCGAUGGAUUCGAAUGGAUUGCCUGUGAGGAAUUUGUUUAAAGCGAACACCCCUUACAAAAUGGCUAGCGACUUAAAAUCCUAUCCAGUGGGAAAUUAUGCCUACGUUCAAAUGGCGAUCCCAUUGAGCAAAGAAGCCGCUCCCUAUGUCAUAUACCAUGCCUGCUCUAAUAAUAAAUUUAGUUAUAAUGAUGUCCUCAAUCGUUGGAAUUACACAGAAUCUCUUUUAAAAAGUCACGGUAUUACUGUUUUGGCCAAUGCCUCAGAUGGCGACACAAGGCUAAUGAAGGCUAUGCGAAUUAGAGCCGGAUUUGAUAGACCAUGCACACCGUCUCCAUGGGGACCUUGGUUCCGAGUAGACUGGUUCAGUAAAACUCCGAUCAAUGUCCAAGACAUGACUCACACGAUCAAUAAGCUUAGAAACCGCAUGCUGAACGGCGAUAUGACGAUUGGAAAGUAUAAAAUCAAGAAAGAGCAUUUGAAACAACUUAUCGAAAACCACAGCAAAGACAAGCAUGGAUUGUGUAUGUCGGAUAUAAAUCUUAAAGAUAAAAUGAAAUUCGACUCGACGGAAAAGCUUAUGAAACUGGACUUAGAAUACUUCAUGACGCAUGUGCCGAACAGCAAGGGUACUGUGUUGUUUAUAGACCUUAUGCGGCGCAUGUAUCGAUCAUUCGACAAGACUGAACAUCCAUUUCUCGAACGUAUCGAAGAUAUCUGGACCAGUUUAUUCAUAGUACGUGGAUGGAGGAAUUUCUGUAAACAAAAAUACAACAACCUGGCGGAAUGCAUAACGCCAAACGCGUAUCACUGCCUUGAGUUAGAUGCGCAUGCACUAAUUUUAUUCAUUUGCAUAUGUCGCGACAAUAAGGUUCCAGAACAAUGUAUAAUUGACUAUCUAUCCAGCCAGCCAUGCGAGAAAUUGUUUCGAGAGUUAAGAUCUUUGUCGUCAACACAUCAAACAGUAGUUAACUUUUCCAUAAAAGAAUUAACGGAGAAGCUAAAGAGGAUAUACAUGACUCGAUGUAUUAUGUAUGAAAACCGCGAUCGCAUCAGCUACCCCUAUAUCGACGCCAAACAGCAUAACCAAUCUUCUCUUGCUCUACCAUCUAAUGAUGACAUCAUCAGGAAAAUUGAAAAAUGCAAAACCAAUGCUGAACAAAAUUUGUUGGAAGUUGGAAUUGAAAAGGCAAUGAUUGAUCUAAAUGAUUCAGUUUGUAAUCAUGCAAUAGUUCCAAGAAUAGAGUUCGUAGGAAUAGAUGAGAGUUUCGAAGAAGAAGUAGAAGAAGAAGAAGAGGACGAAGAAGAUGAUGUAGUAGCAGGAACACCAGAAACACAGUUCGUAGGAGUAAAAUAUUGUUUCGAAGGUGAGAAUGUCGAGCACGAAGAUGUUAUUCAAAGUAAGGAACUGGAGGAAGCAAACUGUUGUCAUCAAAGUGAUGAAUUUCAGAAUAUUACGUUAACGAACACCUUAAAUGAGGAUUUAAGACCUGUGUAUGAUGCGAACAAAGUGUUCACCAACUGCGAGGAAUUAAAUAUUAAGAACUCUGUAUCUGGGCAGAAACAUACGUUCAGGAUUUCUGAUUCUAAUGGUCAAAUUAAAAAUGUGAAAAAAUCCACAUUGUUGUGGAUGCUGACCGAUGGCCGAAAUAGAUUAUCAUCGGACAGAAUGAGAAGAUUUCAGCAAAAAUGAUGUUUCUAUUGUUAAGGACAUAUAUCAGUGCAUUAGUUUUUUGAAUGUUUUAUUCAUCAAAUGUUGUUAGUCGAUGCUUGCUUUUAAUCGCCAACUUUUAUUAUGUAAGAUUUUAACGUGCAAUAAUUGUUUAUUUUAUUUUAAAAUUCAAAUAAAAAUUCUGAAAAGUAAACAGCAUGUUUCUUGAACAAUUAUACAUUUCACAAUUAUCGCUGAAAAAAGACCAGCUCUGAUACGUUAGAAAAGAUGUUAAUUGCGCUAUGUCUUCGAAAA